AUGGACAUCGACCAGCCAGCAGGUUCCUCCUCCGCCGCCAACCCCCUCCCCUUCCUCGAGAAGCAGGAGGCCGCCGCACCCGCAGCUCUCCAGUCAAGCUGGACCAAGAUCCGCACCGCCUACGAGAAGAAGCUCUGGCACAACCUCACCGUCGCACUCAUUGAGUUUGUUCAGCUCCCGGGAUCUGGACCAUACCAGAUCGAGCUCUUUGACCAGUUCAUCACCACCGUCGAGAGCAAGAUCAACGCUCUCAAGCUCGUCGAGAUUGCCCGCCGUGUUGGACGCGAGUAUUCUGAACCCGACCGCACCCUGCGCUUCCUCGAGUCUGUCCACUCUCGCCUUACGUCCCCUUACGCCGUCGAGGCUACCGCCGACACUCCCGGCUCUCCCAUCCCUCCCCGCCCGUACCCCGAGGCGUAUGCCCUGUCGCUGAGUUCGAUCGCGUACGCAUACCUUCUCCUCGGUGACCUGCCUGGCUGCAAGAAGCGUCUGGACGAGUGUGAGAAGCUCCUCGGCGACCAGGACACGGUGGAGCAGGUCGUGUAUGCGGGCUACUAUGGCGUUGCUGGCGACUACUACAAGGUCAAGGCCGACUAUGCGCCCUACUACAAGAACGCGCUGCUGUACCUCGCCUGUGUGGAUGUUGACCGCGAGCUGUCUGCCGAUGACAAGAAGGCGCGCGCACACGACCUGUGUGUUGCUGCCCUCCUCGGCGAGAGCAUCUACAACUUUGGCGAGCUGUUGCAACACCCCAUCCUGGCCACCUUGACGGGCACCGAGUACGAGUGGAUCAAGGACCUGAUCUCGGCGUUCAACUCUGGGGCGAUUGGCAAGUUUGAUGCCCUCGCCUCGCACUUCUCCUCCGAGCCCAUCCUCGCCGAGUCGAUGGCGUUCUUGAGGCAGAAGAUUUGUCUCAUGGCCUUGAUUCAGGCGGCCUUUUCGCGUCCCCGCGACGGCGCCACGCGUCUCAUGACGUUUGAGCAGAUUGCCGAGGCGACGCGUCUGCCCGUCAACGAGGUCGAGCACCUGAUCAUGAAGGCCCUCUCCUUGCAGCUCAUCCGCGGUACCCUCGACCAGGUCUCGUCCACCGUCGACAUUACUUGGGUCCAGCCGCGUGUCCUCGAGGGCGCCCAGCUCGACACCCUCGCCGAGCAGUUUGGCCACUGGACCGACGCCGUGGGCGAGACCGCCAACGGCGUCCAGGGACUGGAGAACGGUGUCGCCGUCAACGGUAUCGUCUCGGCCUUGGCUUAA